CGCAAGUGACACCGCAAAUCUGUUAAAAGUCCUUUAUUUUCAAACCAAACGUGGAGCAUUUUUUGUAAUUCUUCAGAUGAAAUAGGAGGUUGUUCUCUUACCGCUUCUGGAAUCGCAGGUUGCCAAGCAUAGAAAGCCUAGUUGCCAAGUUACUGACGAUCUUGAAUAGUUUGAAAACAGUCGAUAAUCUGAAAGAGAAAAAAUGUCAAGAUCAAGCGAAGAUGUGCUACUGCAAAUCCCGCAGGUUCGAUUUAAAAAAGGAGACGGUACAUUAUUUUUGAUGGACACCAGGUUGAUUUGGAUGGUGGAGAAUCGCGAUACUGUUGCGGUUUCCCAUCCCUAUGCUGAUAUCAAAUCUCAAAAAAUUUCACCAGAAGGCAAAGCCAAAGUUCAAUUGCAAGUUGUUUUGCAUAGUGGUGUUUCAUCCACAUUUCACUUCAUUAACAAAAAUGGACAACAAGCACAAGUACAAGACCGCGAUAAUGUUAAAGAAAUGCUUCAGUCCUUGCUACCAAAAUUUAAAAGAAAGAUUGAUAAAGAACUUGAAGAGAAAAAUAAAGUGUUGUCCAGCAAUCCUGCAUUGUUACAGCUGUACAAAGAUUUGGUUAUGACUGACAUUGUCUCUUCUGAGGAAUUUUGGGCCCAACAUGCCCCACAGUACACCCAAAAACAAAAACAACCAACACAAGACAUUGGUGUUUCUGGUGCGUUUCUGGCUGACAUCAAGCCACAAACUGAUGGCUGCAAUGGACUGAAGUACAACAUAACACCAGAUAUUAUUGAGUGCAUAUUUAAAACAUAUCCAGCAGUUAAGAAGAAGUUUGCUGAAAAUGUCCCAACCAAACUUACUGAACCACAAUUUUGGACUAAAUUCUUCCAAUCACAUUAUUUUCACAGGGAUAGAAAAUAUGCAGAGAGUAAAGACUUGUUCACAGAAUGUGGCAAAAUUGAUGAUCAGGAGAUGAAAAAAGACAUUCAAAGUGGAGUUGAUGAUCCCUUGGUAAAUAUCAGUGGAUUUGAAGAUAAGACAUAUGAUGCUGCUUAUGGUGUACCAAAUGAUAAACCAAACAGUUUGGGCACUGUUAGCCAGGCUAUGAUCAAAAGAUUCAAUCAACAUUCUAUAAUGGUCCUCAAGGCUACUGGAGCAAAAACAGCUGAGAAGACAGAAACUGCAACUACAAGCACUAGUGAAAGCACAGAAGUAAAAUCCACUGAACCUCCAAAGAAAAAGCAAAGAAUUUUGGAAAAAAUUACAUAUGAAGAUCUUGAUAGUGAGCCUAAGAAUGCAAAUAAGGAACCAAAAUUGACUCUGUCAAAGGUAGAAAGAUAUUUACAUGGUCCCAUGCCAGACACUGCAGUAGAGAAUAUUAACCCAAACGAAGCUUUGAAUGUUUUGCGCGGCGUGGUUCAGGAAACUCGUCAGUGGAACAGCAGACAUAAUACAAGUAAUUUAGUUAGUCCUGCUGCUGCGGUUAGCGCUUUAGGGGAGUUAUCGCCGGGCGGCGCCCUCAUGAGAGGCUUUCAAGAACAUUCUUUAGCACAGCUUGUACCUGCAGAUGUUGAAAAAGAAGUUAGAAAUCUGUAUUUGGCACUUUGUGAAUUGUUAAAUCACUUUUGGAAAUGUUUUCCCCCAACUAGUACAAGUAUGGAACAAAAAUGUAUAAAAAUGCAUGAAGCACUUCAGAGAUAUCAGUUAGCAAAGUUGAAGCCUUUUGAAGAUAAAUUGAUUAGAGAUUUAUCGCCGUUGUCGCAUCAUCUGACUCUGCACCUCAAUCAGUUGCUUAAUAUGGCUUACCAAAAGUUUACUAAUUGGCAGAAAAUUAAGAGUCGUUGAUCUGUAAUAAUCACUUUGUCAAAAUUCUUGUUUAAAUAUUUAUUUAUAUUAAUUUUUAUAAUAAAUAUUUUCUUAUUUCA